AUGACCGCGGAGAAGAAACGUGACGCUUUGGCGCACAUUGCACGUACACUGCAAUCUGAUCCUUCUGCCGAAGAGCUAGCCUGUCACCAACCCAUGCUGGCGAAUGUCAAGCAGGCCCUGGAUAGCAAAAAACGCGUCUCCCUUCCGUCGUCGGAGGGGCGUCCACGUGGUCUGCCCUUGUGGAUCGUGGCCAAAGCGCUCAAAAGUGCAUGGCAUGCGGAUGGGUCAUGGCCCGUCGUUGGCUACGACGAAGCGGAGCGGCAUCGACAUACAUGCGAUUCACGCUAUUGCAUCUUACCCACUCUGCACAUCUCAAUGCAUCGACAUGUUGAUGUCGUGCACAAUGCUGCCUACGAAGAAGGGAAGCGGCAGCGUACGAUAUUGCCGUGCCAGCCACGACCGCCAGAGACAUGGCAUGUCGAGCCCGACGCCGAUACCAUUGCACGUGCGUACGAGGCACGGCAAUCAUAG